CGUCCGUCGUCGCAGCAUCGCCGCUGAGUCGUCAGGAUUCCGGAGCGAGUAUCAGUCGUAUCGUAAAAUAUUACGUUAUACCUGUAUUGGGCCUGUAUAAGAAAGAAAGAAAAAAGAGAAAGAAAAAAAGCGAGACCACCAACAUCGACGAUCCCAUGUCACAAGCCUACCCGACGUAGAGAUAGCUAUGCUACACCCUUCCUACAAGAAUGGGGGUGGCACGGUUGUUACUAUGCUGUUUACUGCUCGAGGACCAUAACUUGGAUUUCGGGCUCGCAGUUUCCAACAACGUCAGGGACCUACACAGCGUUCCAUAUGCAACGAACGAAGCUCUCAACGAGAACGAUUUACCGGGUUUCACUGGACCGAUUGACAACGUGACAGUGGCCAGCGGCAGGGAAGCCAUUCUUUCCUGUACCGUGAGAAAACUUGGCAAUUACCAGGUUGCCUGGUUGAGAGACGAGGAUAGAACGGUCCUGUCGAUUGGUCAGCGAAUCGUAACUCAUUCGGGACGAUUUUUCAUAUCGGUUGAGAACAAGAUAAAAAAUCAAACGAAAUGGCGGAAAGAAGAGGAAACAACCUGGCGACUGCACAUUCGGAUGUUGAAGGAAGCUGACAAGGGUUGCUACAUGUGUCAGCUAAACACGAAACCCAUGUUAAGUCAGCUGGUCUGCGUAGACGUAUUAGUUGCUCCGGAUAUUCUGACUUCGGGAACUUCUGAGGGCGAAGUCUCGGUGUCGGAGGGCGAAAACGCGACCCUGGCUUGCAAGGCUUCCGGCAGACCUUCGCCGCGAGUACUUUGGCGGAGGGAGAAAAAUAAGAACAUUUUGGUCAGGGGAUUGCACGAGCAAUUGGAGCGAGUGGACAGCUUGUCCGGGGAACGACUGGAGCUGAAUAGAGUAGACAGGAGGCAAAUGGGCGCUUAUCUUUGCAUAGCAAGCAACGAAGUUCCCCCAGCAGUGAGCAAAAGGGUAUAUCUUAGAGUGAACUUUUCGCCGAGCGCAACGGUUCCCAACCAAUUACUAGGCUCGCCUCUGGGUACCGACGUUGCUUUAGUUUGCCUAAUCGAGGCUUAUCCGAGAACUAUCAACUUUUGGAUAAGAAAUGGUCAAGUAAUUAUGAACAGUGGAAAGUAUGAAUAUCGGGAAGUAAAACACCCCGAGGAGGAAUGGAAGACAACGAUCGAACUAAAGAUCAAAGGGUUGGAAAAAACGGACCUCGGCGAAUACACGUGCUCGGCUACAUCGAGCAUGGGCAGCGCAGACGCCACCCUCGGAGUUUACGAAAUAGAAAGAGCCACGUUGCCGACCCAGCCGACUUCUUCGACGUGGAAGAGGCUGGGUAAAACGAAGGCUAAGCAGUUGGCUCAAAUUACAACCCAGAAUCACGUCUACUAUCAGCUGAGCACCCCGGCGAUGCAGAAAAGCACAUCGCGAUUGGUUUACAACAGGCAAACUACGACAACAAUGGACCCACGCGUGCCCCUGACGAGGGAUAAUGCUUACAAAAACGACGAUUAUGCAAAUUCGCAAAAUUCCGCGAGAACAAUGCUCGAGUUACACAGAGUGGUUUUGGUUCUAUGGAUUAUCAACGUCGCGUUGUUUCUACACAUUUUGUGAAUGCUCGUUAUCGUUUGUACACGUACGCGCUGCGGGUAGAUGCGUUUUUGAGAAAAGCCUCGUUCGUCGCUAUCGACAACCGUACGAUUAUUGUACGUAGAAAAAAUAUUUCACCUGUGUUGUUCUCUCUCUUUCCAAUAGCCAGCCGAGCUAAUUGCUUUAUGCUUGGACCAAUUCUACGUUGAUUUUAAAAAACAGGAAAAAUACACAAAUACGAACUGGAGUGAUAACUGAGGCUUAUAACGCAUUGACGUCGUUUCGAAGAAAGAAUCGUGAUGUAAAUUUGUUAUCGUUACGAUGAUUAUGAUUAUAACUUUAUUAUUAUGAGAACUAUUGGUAAGGAAAAUAUUCGGUAAUUUAAUGCUAUAGAGUUAUGAUAGUGAGCUUGAGUUGCGGGGUAUUUUUCGAAAAUAAUUUAUUUUGCGAAGGAAUCGAUGGAGGUGCGGGAGUUCAAUUUAGGCAAGGUAUGGUUAAUAAUAAUAAUGUGUACGCGGCAAUAGUAACACGUUCGUCAAACGAUUUAUUGUUUGGAAGAUUGAAUAGCAUCGUAAAUUGCGAUUAAUCAGAUGUAUACUGGAAAUUUAAUAAUGACAAGUCCACGGACAUUGCCAAUAUUACAGGUGUAAUAAAUUCUCAGCACGCACGUUAAUUUCGAAGCCGAAAAUAGAACUCUCGGUAUUGUUUCUUUUAUUAAUUUCCCUGUUCACCAAGAUGGAAAACAAUGGAUCGUUCGAGGAAACUUCAGAAUUCAAUAUCGCGGUGUCGUUUUUACACCGUAUAGGUACUACCGCAUAGAUUAUAAUUUGCACAUCAGACAAGGAGAAUCAUGCAGAUUAAUUAACAAUUCAUUGAAGAUUGAAAGGGCGCGUAAUAAUUCACUGAUUUCUUAAAUGCCCCUUUGCGAAUCAACGAUUCGUUUAUAAUCAAACGCAGACAAAUAAUUAGCAUAUAUAUCUAUACAUAUAUAAAUACAUAUAUUAAUCUAUAGGUAUUAUAGGUAAAUAAUUUUUUAAAGAAAAUCAGCAAACACAAACUGGUGCUUUACACACAAGAAGCUUAGAAUGAAGGUAAAAAAAGAAAGGUAAGUAAAAAAAAAAAAAAAAAAAAAAACUGUUGAAAUAUACGUAAAUUGAAUAGUUUCACCUGCAAUAUCAUUUGUCACAAAUUGAAGACGACAAGGUGUCGUAUACUUUACUCCCUGCCUGUUAUGUACCCUGACUAGAAAAGGAAUUAGUAAUAAUCUAGGGCCGCAAUAACCGUCACAAAUAUCUCUAAUCCUCUGUACCGUAUUAUUAUCGUUAUUAUGAUUAUCAUUAUACCGCGGCAUCGAUGUGUAAGUAAAUUAUUGGCAUAGAAAUUUAAUAUUUAAGAGAUUGAAUGUGCAAAUUGAGUAGACUUUUGAACGCGACUAUUUUUGUAUUUAAGUUUACGUAUGUAAGCGUUGUGAACUAUGUUAUUAUACGCAUAACAGGGUGCCCGGCGAUCCGUAAAGACCUGCAAUUCUUCGGGAUCUUCAUAUUUCUUUACCCACGGUGAAAUAUGUAUGAGGGAAAUGUCGCGGUCAAGUUUCACGACGAAAAUAUUUGAAUUUCAAUUUCCUACUCGUUCGCUGCAAUCCUUGCAAGCCGCAAUCAAACGUUAAAGUGAGCCUGAAAAUUGUAAAGGGGGAACUGUUGACCUGUAAAAUCUCGAAUUACACACAAAGGUUCUCUAUUCGCGCAACCGCUGCAGGACACCCUGGUAGACGUAUUUGAAAGCAGAAAUAUCAAUUUACUCCUAUGUCGUAAUAUAAUCGAGACAUACUAAAACCAUAUCUGUGUAACGUUCAUAUCUAUAGUGUUCGAACUAACGUUAAAAUACACAUUACAUCUUGAAUACCAAGAAGGAAUUCAAGAAUUUUAUAUUUCUUUUCGUAGAUAAUACAGCAUUUAUCACCCCUCGUAUCGUCUGUCAAUAAUAUGAUUAAGACUGUUGCGUGUGUGGUGUACAGUGACAACAAAAACGUCUACGAAAUUUAUCAAAAAAUAAUUGGUGCAAAAUAUUAUUUCCGACGAAAAUUUACGGCGGGAUAAUUUUUUUCGCUACGAUGGUUUUCUUACGCGCGAGUCAACUAAUAUUGGUAAAAAUAAACAGUUUUUUUGUUACCGCAACAUUGUUUGCUAUCGCGAAAUCUCAUUUGUAUCAUCGGUUGUUGCGUCGAGUAGAACGUAUUGAUAAUCGGACAAAUAACAACUCAUCCGUAUAAGUUCAUGUCGUAUAGUUAGCAAAUGGAUUAUAGAUAGAGCUUAAUUUUACAUAUCUGCACACUAAUCAGUUAUUUGUAAGGUGUACGAAGGUUUAUUGCGAACUUGUACUAAAUGUAAAUGAUAACACAUAAAUCGUUAUACUUAAUUGCGAGUAUAUUAUAUUCUGUAGUGAUCAUUGAAUGGAGUUAGGAAUAGAUUAUUGUUUAUAUCGCGAAGAAUAUAACGAUAUGAAUGUGAGGAUAUUCGCUAAGUUAAUUACUAUCAUAAUAUACAGGAUCACAUAAUGCUCAAUAUAUUACUAUAUUUAAGAGAGAUGAUGUUGUUAUAGAAAAGAAUACGGGGAAAAAAAAACAAAAAAUAUGUUAAGAAAAUAAUGGAACAUAUGCUCAAAAUAAUAAGUAAUAAUUAGCUUUGCCAAAGUAAAGUGUUGACAAAUAAAAUGUACUAUACAAACGGAACGAAAAGAGAGAAACAAAAGCAAAAGAAAAAAAAACCGGAUCGUUUCUAAAAUUCUUUAAACCCCAUAUCUGUGUCUUCGCGUCUUCUUCGUUCUAGACUCGAUUUAGGUUCCAGUGAAAGAUAGAAGAAGCAACUACAUGGUGGUAAUAAGAUUUCAAUACAA